GCUCAUUCCAGACCCAUUUUGGGACUAAUUAAAGAAAGCGCGGUGCUUCUCCGAACGCCUUUCACAUUUCCCGAAACCAAAUAUCCAGACUCUACUUUCAUUCACAUCUACCCUUCUCCUCCCGCUUCGCGCUAUUUUAAUUUUCCUUGCUAAAUUAUCCUUCAUUUGGCGAUGCCUCUCGGCUUGUUCUGACCUUAGCUGCCACUCUUUUGAUUCUCUCAUCUCCCUCGCGCCCGCAAUCAUGCCGCGAGAUACCUAUUCCAAGCGCUCGCUCGGAACCUUGUCCAGACGCCUGAAGGAGUCGCGCGUACUCCUCGUCGGUGCUGGUGGUAUCGGCUGCGAGCUACUCAAGAAUCUCUUGCUCUCCGGGUUCGGCGAAAUCCAUAUCAUCGAUCUCGAUACCAUCGACCUGAGCAAUUUGAAUCGUCAGUUUCUCUUCCGUUUUGAACAUAUCAAGAAAUCAAAGGCAUUGGUCGCGAAGGAAGUUGCCCAAAAAUUUCAACCAAGCGCAAGACUCGAAGCCUACCAUGCGAACAUCAAGGAUAGCCGCUUCAACGUGGAUUGGUUCGCGACUUUUGACGUGGUCUUCAACGCUCUCGACAACCUGGAAGCCCGUCGCCACGUCAAUAGAAUGUGUUUAGCGGCGGAUGUGCCGUUGAUUGAAAGUGGAACAACGGGAUUUAAUGGUCAGGUCCAGGUCAUCAAGAAGGGCCAAACGGAAUGCUACGAUUGCAACUCAAAGGAAGUCCCCAAAUCCUUCCCGGUUUGUACUAUCCGCAGCACGCCAAGCCAGCCUAUUCAUUGUAUUGUCUGGGCGAAAAGCUAUCUUCUACCCGAAUUAUUUGGAACGAGUGAGGAUGAAACGCCAGAGUUGGAUAACACCGAAGAUGCCAGUAAUGCGGAUGAAAUCGCAAACCUACGAAAAGAGGCUCAAGCUCUCAAGGAAAUCCGCGAGUCGAUGGGCUCCCCUGAAUUCGCGCAAAAGGUGUUUGCAAAGGUUUUCAAGGAGGACAUAGAUCGCCUACGUGGCUUAGAAGACAUGUGGAAGGACCGGAAAGCCCCGGAGCCCUUAGACUUCAAGAAGCUGCAGAGCGAGGCUGCUUCCAUCGAGCCUACAAUCUCUUGCAACGAUCAAAAAGUCUGGUCUCUGGCUGAGGACUUUGUCGUGUUCAAGGACAGCUUGGAUCGACUCAGGGAUCGGCUGAAAACACUGCUAGAUGCGACAAAGAGCGGCGUUAAGCCAAUCCUGGUCUUCGAUAAAGACGAUGUCGAUACGCUGGACUUUGUCACUGCUAGUGCUAAUCUACGAGCAACGAUAUUCGGAAUAGAGGCCAAAUCAAAGUUCGAUACGAAGCAGAUGGCCGGCAAUAUUAUACCUGCAAUCGCAACCACAAACGCUAUAACCGCCGGUCUAUGUGUUCUACAGGCACUAAAGGUCUUGAAGGACGAUUACGCUCAUGCUAAAAUGAUCUUCCUCGAGCGGUCGGGUGCCCGUGCAAUCAGUUCAGAUUCUCUGAAGCCACCCAACCCGAACUGCCCUGUUUGCUCGGUCGCACAGGGUAGAGUCAAGAUUGAUCCGGAGCGAGCCACAAUCAACGACCUGGUACAGGAUAUCCUGCGCCUGCAAUUAGGAUACGGCGAAGAGUUUUCGGUCAGCACCGAAUUAGGCACGAUUUACGACCCGGAUCUUGAAGACAACCUGAACAAGAAAUUAUCAGAAAUGGGUGUAAAUAAUGAAAGCCUCAUCACGGUUAUAGACGAGGAAGACGAGCAACCGCGUGUGAACCUUGAACUUGUUGUUCUUACCGAAAAACCAGAACCCUCAAUAGAAAAGCAGAAGCCAAUCGCCCUAGUAAAGAUCCCUGAGAUUCCUCGGAAACCAAGAGCACCUACACCUGCCGCCAGCGAGCAAGCCAAUGGUACUUCUGAUCUAAACCAGCGCAAGCGCAAUGCCGAGGAAGCAGGCCUCAGCAACGGAGAUGACCGUGCAAAGCGCGUGGCCAGUGUGUCUGUCGCUGACGGCGACGGAUCGAACCCCAUCGUCUUAGACGAGACGCAAGGGGGUGCGAUUUUAAUUGACGACUAAACGAUAAAACGAAGGAUGUUCUAGUGGACAAUUGCUUCCUCUCUACUUCCAACCGAUUUCGAUCCAAAUCUAUUUCUCAUACGUUGGUCCCUUGAGUUUUGGAUGGAUUUCCGAAGAUAUCCUCCUUUUGUUUCUUUCUCCCUCUCAUCUACUGUAACAUAUCAUGCGUUCGCUCCGAAUAGAAUGGACGAGGGGAUUGCCGAGGUGUUUUGUAUUUUGGCCGAAGUGAUAAUGUGCAUACUUUGGCAUGGCGUUCCAACAAAGGCACACGAAUGAGUCAAUGAAUUUACUUGUUAUCUUCAUCGUACAAUCCACACAUAUAUCGUCCCAAAACAUCCCACGAGUCUCAACCUCAGUACCUCUAUAUACACAACCACCCGCCCCUUUUUUUCUCCCAUAGACAAGGCAAUAUAAGUCUAAGUACAGUAAACUCACACAGCACUCAACCCCCCAUCCAAACUAACAACACAAUUAUUCGCAUACUCAUUCCCUGCUAAAAAGACCGCCGCAUCCGCAAUCUCCCCCGCCUCCCCAAACCUGCCUACCGGAAUACUCCCCCUCAGCCUCUCACUCACCCCCUCGCUAAACCCC